AUGGAUAUAAGUUGUGGUACUCAGGUGGUGGAGGUUAAGAGAGUCAGUAAUAGAUUAAUGUCUAUUAAGUUGGUCAUUGGAGGGUCAAUGGUGAAUGUCAUUAGUGUCUAUGCUCCGCAAGUAGGUUUGGACGAGGAGGAGAAGAAGGGCUUUUGGGAGGUCUUGGAUGAGGUGUGGAGGGGCGUCCCAAGCACUGAGAAGCUUUUCGUGGGAGAAGAUUUCAAUAGGCAUAUUGGGUCUUUGUUGAGAGGUUAUGAAGAUGUGCAUGGCAGUUUUGAUUUAGGGGAGAGAAAUGAAGAGGUUAAGAGAAAGGCAGAGUCUAAGAAGGUGGCUUAUUCUAAGUUGGUUGAAAGCAACGAUGAUAAGGAUCGACAGACGAAUAAGAAGGAUUAUAAGGUAGCUAAAAGAGAGGCUGAGUUAGUGGUUACGACGGCUAAGAAAAUAACUUUUGAGAGCUUGAAUGCGGCUUUAGAGGAGAAAGACAGGGAUAAAAAGUUGUAUAGACUUUCCAAGGCCAGGAAGUGGAAGACUUGGGACCUUGACCAAGUGAAGUGCAUCCAGGGAGAGGAUGGAGCAGUGUUGGUUAAGGAUGCUCUCAUUAGGAAGAGGUGGUAG